UUUUGAGAGUUUAGAGGUAAUAAUCCAUUUAUCAGGAAGAUAUUGCUAUAAAGAUUGUACAUAAACCAUUUAACCUUUCCAGUACCUUACAGUCAUCUGAAUGUCAAUUAAAAAAAAAAGAAAGAAGAUGAAGUUAUAAUGCUGCAUCAACAGACAGCUGUCCUAGUGGGCACUGGGAGCACGGGAUGGCUCGCAUUGCUGAGCAGUGCAGUCAUUGCCCCAGGAAUGAUGAGCUCACAUUUCAUUCUGAUUCCCAUGGUGUGGCAAGGCUGUGGGGCUCUCACCCCUCCUGGCCCAGCUGACGCCCCUCGCUGCCUGGACACCAGAUCUGGCUCGUUAACGCGUCUGGAAUGAGCGUGAGCCACCUCUCAGCUGGCAAGCACAAGGGGCAUACUUGGAUUCCCAGGUUGGAAGAUUAUCUCAUUCAAGCCCAGUUCUCCCAAAGAUAUAUAAGUGCAGUGAGCGUGGUGGCCCCUGCAGAGCUGGCCCCAGCCCUGGAAGCUUUCAGCCACACAGGAGCACAGCCUCAGAUCACAGCAAAUAUGACGAUGAUGAUGAAAGUAGAAGAGCUGGUGACUGGGAAGAAGGUGGAUGAUAAAGAGACUGGCAGCUUCCUCCCUGAGGACUUCAAAAAUGGAGAGUACGAAGCUGCUGUAAGAUUAGAGAAGCAGGAGGACCUAAAGACAGUCCCUGAGCACUCAUUGACCCGAGGUGAUCUGGCUUAUGAGAAGGAUAAAAAACUAGAAGCAGAGCUGAAGAAGAAGAAAUUACAGGCCAGGUCAAAACUUGAAAAUUUGGAGGAUCUUGAAAAAAUUAUUGAGUUGAAGAAGAAGAAAAGAUGCAAGAAAGUGAAAGUGCCCGUUUUAAAGAAACCUGAACCAGAAGUUAUUACAGGACCUGUGGAUAUUCCCACAUUCUUCAAAGCUGCACUGGAGAAUAAGUUGCCAGUAAUUGAAAAAUACCUAUCAGACAAAGGGGAUCCAAAUGUCUGCGAUAAGUACAAACGCACUGCGCUGCACAGGGCAUGCUCUGAAGGACAUCUGGAGGUGGUGAAGAAGCUGGUGGAAGCUGGAGCCCAGCUUGAACAGAAAGACAUGCUUCAUUCUACAGCUCUACAUUGGGCAUGCCGGGGUGGAAAUCUGGACGUUCUGAAAUUCUUACUGGACAAAGGGAUAAACAUAAAUGCAAGAGACAAGCUGCUCAGCACGCCCUUGCACGUGGCUGUGCGAACAGGCCGCUACGACUGCGGGGAGCACCUCAUCGCCUGCGAGGCGGACCUCAACGCCAGGGACAGGGAAGGGGACACGCCAAUGCACGACGCCGUGAGGAUGAACCGCUACAAAAUCAUCCGGCUUCUGAUCCUGCACGGAGCAGAUCUGACUCUAAAGAACUGCGAAGGGAAAACUCCUAUGGAUCUUGUUCUUCAGUGGCAGAAUGGCACCAAAGAGAUAUUCAACAGCCUGAAAGACAAUUCCAAAAAGAGUACCCAUCUAGGUAAAUUCUGAAGAGAGAAACCAGACCACGCUCUUUUUGCUGCUUUUAAAUGCUUCCCACAAACCUGGAUGAAAAUGUCCUUGAACAUCUAUUGAAAAUAGUUGUGGCACUGGAUUAUUUGAGGUGCCUUCACUGAAAACUGCAAGAAAUCUGCAAAGAAAUUAUUUUAAAAGACAGGUUGAGUGUUAAAAUUCCA